AUGGUUGUCGCUAAGCUCGGAUUUGGCACGAACUCGACCAUUUGGCUUUGCCGAGACAGCAAGAGUCAAGAAUAUGUGGCUGUCAAAGUCUGCGCCCUUAGGCAGAAAUUUCGCGAUGGUGACGCUCGCACCCAAGCAGAGUCCGAGGAGGCUGUUACGGCCUUCUUCAACUCGAUUCAGAUUGAGCAUCCGGGUAUCAACAGCUUGCGUCUUCUGCGGAGUCGCUUCGAAGUUCAGGGCCCUCACGGAACUCAUCCAUGCUUAGUUCACACACCUCUUGGCAUGAACUUACUCCAAUUGCGCAAUACCAUGCCAAAUCAAGUGCUGCCUACUCCGCUUCUACAGCACACCUUGUUGCGAGUAUCAUUCGGCUUAGACCUUCUUCACCAGGCUGGCGUCGUUCAUACAGGCAUUGUCCCAGACCCAGAAGUUUUUUCUCAGAUAGACAGAGCCGAAUCCGAAACCCCAACUAUCCUCAAACCCACUGAAGACAUAACCAUAUAUGGCUCUCGGCCUCUGCCCAUCACUCAAGGCAUCCCAAUUAUAUGUGAUUUUGAGGUGAUUCUAGGAAUGGAAUGGGACGAAAAGAUUGACAUUUGGUGUGUUGAGCUGGUGAUCUGGGAUCUAUUCCAGGGUACUCGCCUAUUCUACGCCCUCAAGGAUAGAAUCCUUAAUGAUGAACAGCAUCUUGCCGAGUUGGUUUCGCUCAUGGGUCCUCCUCCGAAAGAAUUCCUGGAGCGAGGCCCCAAGUGCCGUGAGUACUGGGAUGCUGAUGGUAACUGGAUAGCAUCAACACCCAUUCCAGAGCAGAGCUUUGACAUGAGAGAGGCCCAGCUCAAAGGCGAAGACCACCAUUUGCUGUUAGCACUCAUCAAAAAGAUUUUUCGUUGGCUUCCUGAGGAACGAGCAACAGCGCAGGACUUGACAGAGGAUCCGUUUCUUACCCAGUUUCUCAAAAAGAACUAA